AUGAUGACCAAAAUUUCUUCUUCCCGCGAUGAUGAAAAUGAUGAUGAUGUGGAAGCGACGCCUUUACUGUCGAAUACUACUAAGUACAUCAAACGGAGAGGAAACUUUGGAACGAGUUUAAUUCGAAAAGGAGGAGGCGUCUUUUUUCUUGCUCUGAUUUUAAUAACGGUCGCCGCUUUGGUGAUGACGAUGACAAACACGAGAACAAAGAUGAGCGGUGGUUUGAGUAAAACGUUGAAAAGACUCGGGGGAGGACAACAAAUGCAACAAGUGAAAACGGGAGUACCGGACGAAGACGAACUGACGAAACAAGAGAAGGAAAAGAUUGACUUCUUCUUAGAGGAGAGAAGGAAAGAACUGGUGAAAGAAGCGGUGGCGAAACACGCGAGGGAACAAGCGAAGAAGGAUUCUUCUCUCGCCGCCGCCGCCGCGGAAGCUUCCUCGAAGGCGUCGUCUUCGAAUACUAAGAGCGAGAAUACUAAUAGCAAUAAUAAUAAUAAUAGUAAGAACAAGAGUGCGAGUGCCGGUAGCGGGAGCAACGGAGGAGGCGAGAGCAACGGAGGCGACGACAAGAAGAACGGUAUCGUCAAUGUUAAUAACAACAACAAUAACGGCAAGAAGGGCGAGAAUGGUAAUGCGAAGAAUACCGCCACUUCGGGGACCGGGUCAUCAGUCGCGUCAUCGGCAAAGGUAGGAGCGGACGAGAAAAACAAUAUCGCGUCAACGAGUACUUUUACUCCGAGUAGUAACAACAACACGAACGCCAAGAAUAGCGGCGGUAGCGCUUCGCCAACGACCACCACCCCCGCGGACGCGAAGCCAAAGCAACAACCGAAACAACAACAACAACAACAACAACAACAACAACAACAACAACAACAACGUGUGCAAAAGAAUGCAACAACAACAACAACGAAUAAUAAUAAUAGUAAUAAUAAUAACAACAACAACAUUAAAAAAGGGGUGGUAGAAGUUGCACCGCACGCUAAGGCAGUUGUUACGGACGCCGCGGUCAUCGUCAAAGACGUCGCGAAGGGUAUCGUCGACAACAUUGCCGACGGUACCUUUCACAUCGACGACGAUGACAUCGGUAAAGUUGAUGCGAGCGAUGAGAAAUACAAGCCGAAUCCGGUAUCGCCGGUGCGCUUUCUCGAUCACGCUUCAAACAACGCGAAAUGUUUGGACGGAUCGCCUCCCGCGUAUUAUUUAUCGAAGCGCAUCGACCGCUCCGUGCGAAGGAAAAGAUGUACAAGCGAUGGUGUCGAACACUCGUGCGGCGAAACGUGGAUCAUCAUGCUUUCCGGUGGAGGCACGUGCGUAAACGACGAGGACUGCACGAGACGGGCGGCGACGGGAUUAGGCUCUUCGAAAUUAGUGCCGAGGACGUAUCACUUCUCGACUGGUAUUCAAUCCGUGUUGAAAUCCAACGAAGCGUUCAACACGGCAAAUAUGGUAAAUAUCGCGUAUUGUUCUGGAGACUCUUGGUUGGGCAGAAGUAGCGAACCGGACGCGUCUGGCGUGACCAUGAACGGCGGUCUCAUCGUCGACGCCGUCUUGGAUGAACUCAUCAACCAUCACGAUUUGUUGUCGGCGAAAAACAUCAUCUUCUCCGGAAAAUCUGCCGGUGGAGUCGGUUUAGUCGCACAAAUCGAUCGGUGGGCGGAUGUUAUCGCACAAGCGUACGAAGCUCAAGGGUACGACCCAAAACUGCAACCUCCCAAAGUGUCCGGCAUCGCCUUCGCUGGAUUUCACUACUUUCACACGCACACGUUUUACGACCCGAGAGAUCAAAUGUCCAUCGGUGAAAAUAAAAACUCUGACGACGAUUCCAAAGAUGACGAUAAAGAAGAGGCGUCGAAGGACAACCACAGCGCGACGAAGAGUAACAAAGAGGAGGAGGAAGAAGAGGAAAUCGAGUCGAUGAAAUUUGACGAGAUGGUGGAACAGAUUUUCGAAGAAAACGCCGAAGAGGAUACACUCUCUUCCGCUUUAGUCACGGACGACGACGAUGCGUUGGUAGAGAAAGCUACGCCUCCCGCGGACAACAACAACAAAAACAACAACAAAAAGUCAAACGAGAAAAACGCCUCCGCUACCGAUGACGAUGACAAGACAAAAGCGAAUGCAAGCACUGCAACCACCAGCACCACCAGCAGCAGCGACAGAGAGGAAACUGGGAUUUUCAGCGAAAUUUUCUCCACGUUUAAAGAUAAAUUGCAAGACAAAUUCCGGCACGCCGCCGCGGAGCUCGGCGAAAGCGACGACGACCAGAAGAGCGAAGACGGCGUCUACUUGAAUUCUGCGGAAAGUCGUCUGCUCUUACGAUUCGGUCUCAACACGACUAACUCCACCAACACCUACGGCCAAAUGAAACCGUCGUUUAUCCCGUGGGACGAGACGAGUUGGAAGAAGUACUUGAAGUUUUGGCGCGCCGAGGAUUCGUUACCGAGCGAGUGCACCAAGCGCGGCAGCAAUCGAAAAGUACACCGUUGUGCGGUGGCAAGAAAUUCGAUCAAAUUUAUCAGAACGCCCAUAUUUUUUGUGCAAGCGUUGACAGAUUCCGUCGUCAUGUCCAUCCACGACAAUUGGCCGUUAGCCGACCACAGGUUUGUCCACGAACCCGAUUUGAAAUCGAUGACGUUGGCGUCGUCCACGACGAAACAUUUGAGCGACGUCCACGAGAAACGAAAACAAACGCAAAGAUUGGUCGAGAAAACCAUCGACGACUUGAACUCUGGUGUUUUAGACAUGAAAGUCUACGAAGACAAGCAACUCGAACUGACGAAAAAGAUGUGGGAAAACUUGGACGAAGAAGAACGCUCCCGUCGCGAAGAAUACGCGAAAAUGUGGAAGACGCAAAUGGUUGAUCGACUCCGAGAAGCGACAAAAGCAAAUCCAAACGUCGGCGUCUUUGCGCCCUCCUGUUACGUGCACACUAAAUUCGACAAGAUCAAAAUCGACGGCGUCGAAGCCCGUUCGGCGUUAGCCAAGUGGGUGUACGACGGCGAAAGAACCAUAGUCAUCGACGAUAAGUGCGACGCGAACGGAAAAGGUUUGUUUUGCAAUCAAUCCUGUCAAGAUACCGCGCCGCAGCUGGAAAAAACGAACGGAGGGCAAAUCGCGCCGAAUACCAUCGUGGAUAACUCUAGAAUGGGCACCGACGAAGCGCAGCGGCAAAAACAAGUGACCACCGCGAGUAGUAGUACCAAGAAACAACAACAACGACGGCGAUAA